CCCGAGGAGCGGAUCUAUUCGCUGCUCUUCCUCCGGUGGGCGGAGUAGCGGACUCUGCCUGCCCUCUGCGGCCGCUCGGCGGUGCUCUCCGCUCGGCUCGGCUCAUUCGCUUCUCGCCGCUCAUGCGGACCUUGCGGACCAUCCGGAGGCGGACGGCGGAGGAACCGGGCUCUCGACCAUGGCCGCCAAGGAGGACCUGCACAGCAGAAUCGUCCCGCGCAGGCUGCGGCAGAACCGGGCGGGUUCGGAGGCGUCGGGCUCCGACCUGGACGUGCUGCUGUCGAUGGGCUUCCCGAGACCGAGGGCACUGAAGGCUCUGGUGUCCACAGGCGGUCGCAGCGUGCAGGCAGCGUGUGACUGGCUCUUCUCCCACCUGGACGACCCCUUCCUGGACGACCCUCUGCCCAGAGAGUUCGUGCUCUACCUGCGGCCCAGCGGACCUCUUCAGAACCAGCUCUCUCAUUUCUGGCAGCAGAGCCGGGUCACGUGUGGCAAGAACAAAGCCCACAACAUCUUCCCCCACAUCACGCUGUGCCAGUUCUUCAUGUGUGCGGACCCCCAGGUGGAGGCCCUGUGUGAGGCCCUCAAGGCCUCCGUCCAGCAGUGGCGAGGUCGCUUCCCGUCUCCUCUCCCUCUGGAUCUCUACACCUCCUCCAACUUCAUUGGCCUCUUCGUGGAGAAGCAGGCGGCCGACGUCCUCAAGCUUUUUGCAGCCGACUUCGCCACGGAGGCGUCCAGGAUGGCGGAGGUCCACGUGGAGCCUCACAGGAAGCAGCUCCAUGUGACUCUGGCCUACAACUUCCCCGCCAAUCACCUGCCGCCUCUCAAGAAACUGGCCAAGGGCAUCGAGGUCAAGCUGGGCUGUGAUUGGCUGGCGGUCCUCUUCUCCCGGGACAUCCGUUUCGCCAACCACGACACCCUGCGGGCCGUGUACCCCUACGCGCCGCAGAAUGAGGACGAGCUGGAGCUGGCUCCCGGCGACUUCGUCUUUGCGUCUCCGCUGGACCAGGGCGGGACCAGCGAGGGAUGGGUCCACGGGACCUCGCUGGCCUCCGGGCUGUCCGGCCUGCUGCCGGAGAACUACGUGGGCCUCGCCGACGAGUCCGACGCCUGGGUCUUUCACGGCUCCCAUUCCUUCUUCAGCCAAGGGCCCGGGGACAGGGGGGCAUUUGACGGGCUGCCGGACGGCCGACGCUCCGACAGGCCCGGAGACACGCCCACCCCGAGUGUCACCUGUCAUCCGAUGCAGCAGGUCCUAAGGAUCGGCGCCGGUUCGUCCCGGCAGCCCAAACGGACUCUUUUUGUGUGCCGGCACGGUGAGAGGAUGGACGUGGUCUUCGGCAAACACUGGCUCUCCCUCUGCUCUGACAGCAAAGGUCGCUACGUCCGCUCCAACUUGAACAUGCCGCCCUGCCUGCCGCUGUGGGGGGGGCAGAGGGACUACCAUAUGGACGCCCCCAUCACCGUUUUUGGGUCCACGCAGGCUCAGCUAGUCGGCGAGGCGCUGCUGGAGAGCAACGCAGCCAUCGACCUGGUGUACUGCUCGCCGUCUCUGCGCUGCGUCCAGACGGCGCAGAACAUCCUGAAAGGUCUGCAGCAGGAGGGCAAACUGAGGGUGCGAGUGGAGCCGGGGCUCUUUGAGUGGACCAAGUGGGUUUCUGGGAGCUCGCUGCCGUCGUGGAUACCGCCCGCCGACCUGGCCGCGGCGCACUUCAGCGUAGAUGCAACGUACAGGCCUCUGGUCGCGGUCGACUCGCUCUCGGCGUCCGAGUCGUACGAGAGCUACAUGAGGCGGAGCCACCAGGUGACCCGAGACAUCCUGUCUGACAGCAGGAACGCAGGAAACCAUGUGCUGAUCGUGGCCCACGCCUCCUCCUUAGAGGCGUGCACGCGCCAGCUGCAGGGCCGCGGCCCUCAGAGCGCCAAGGACUUCAUCCAAGUAGUCCGAAAGAUCCCCUACCUGGGCUUCUGCUGCUGCGAGGAGCAGGCAGACACGGGGGUGUGGCAGCUGGUCGACCCCCCCAUCCUCCCCCUCACACAUGGACCGAACCACUCCUUCGACUGGAGGGAGACGCUCCAGCAAUGAUGACAUCCGACGUGUCCCCAACCUGGUCACACUGUGCCCCCCCCCCGCUGGUCCUAGUGGACGUUCAGUUUCAGACCUCAAAGCACGGGGGUCUUUCUUUGAGGGAGGGGGGGGAGUUUCCCCACUUUUACAGAAUCUCUUUAACGAUCAACUAAAUUCUAAAAACACAUCGGGAUUUUUAGAAGAUGAUGAUCAUAAUUUAUUAUCGUGUUUUUCUUGAUUGAAGUCACUUCUAAAGUGAAUUAAAUUUAUUUAAUAAUUAAGCUGCGGGACAGUUUGAUUAAAUUAAUUUUUCAUCAA